UCGUUAGCCGCCUGCAUUCUCCACCGAGGGCAGCACAGACCGUAAUCGCGCGACUUUGCCCGUGAGCAAUCUCCCAACUCAUCUCUGUAAUAGCAAAGCAAAAGAGCCUUGUUUCAACGGAUUAUUCUUAACCGUUGUAAUUUGGGUUAAAAUGAAUGACGAGGAUGACAGGCUGCUGGAUGUUGACAAAGAUCAGACCGAGAUCCGGGCAGAACUUUCUCACAUGAGUUUCGAGGAUUUGAAGAGACUUAAGGAGAAGUUAGGAUCAAAAGUAUACAAUGAAGCGAUUUUUGGACCACAAAGAGUUAAAAAAGUUGACUUCAAACGCGAGAACAAAAACAGACCUCGCGAAAUGUCUGCAAAGAAGCCUGUUUCUCGUUUCAAAGAAGUGGUAUCUACAAAAAAGAUUGUCCCUCGUGAUCCCCGAUUUGAUAGUCUCUGUGGUACCUUUAACGAAACAGCAUUUAAACGGUCCUAUGGGUUCAUUAGUAAGUUACGUGAAAAUGAUUUAGAGGCAUUACACCAAGAACUACAGUCUGCGGAAGAUCCCAAAGUAAUAAAGAAAAUAAAGUAUCUGAUUCAGAGGUUAAAGAAUCAAUUAACAGAAGAGAAGAGGCACAACGAAGAUAAGGAAAAGAAAUACCAAGAGAAACAAGAAAUCAUUCAGGCGAUUAAACACGGAGAGAGGCCAACCUAUAAAAAGAAGUCUGAAAAGAAAGUGUUAGAUCUUAUAUCUCAAUACGAACAACUGAAGAAUUCUGGUAAAUUGAAAAAACAUAUACAACGUCUGCGGAAGAAGAAUAUUUCGAGAGACAGACGAAAAUUAAGUGUACAAGAUACCGAAUAAUUAUACAUGCUGUGUUCAUUUAACGUCUUUUAUGUAGACAAGAAUAUACUUUACUUUUACUUAUAA